UCACUUUCGCUUUUAAUCAGAGUUUUUGGCGCAAAGUUUCGGCAGUAUGAGUCUCGAUAGUACUAGGUUUGAAUAUAUCGAUGUUCUCGAGGAUAGAUACAUCUGCAACGCAUGUAGAAUGCCGCUGAACCAUCCAAUGCAGGCUCAGUGUGGACACAGAUUUUGUAAGCAUUGCAUCGACGUCAUACUUCUCUCCCCUUUCCCUGCCUGCCCGAGAGAUGGGCAGACCAUACAAGCCUUGAGCGUGUUCCAUGACCGCUGUGCCUUAGCAGAGAUGCAGGCGCUUCCGUGUUACUGUCAUGGAAGGUGUGAUGGCUGCCAAUGGACUGGACCUGUUGCCAUGGUUACCGUGCAUGAAGAAGUAUGUGCAUUUAUAAAGGUAUCGUGUAUCCACGCAUCUGACGGUUGUGGCGAGAUAAUGCUUCGUUUCCAACUGGCGAAACAUGUUGAGAAAGAAUGCCCAUUCCGGCUAAUCACGUGUGUGUACUGUCAAAACGAUGUCCCUGAAAGAACACUCAUUGAACACCUCAAAAAAUGUCCCGCAUUUCCAAUUGAGUGUCCUAACGAGUGCGGAGUUAAAUGUAUUGAAAGAAAAAAGCUUAGUGCGCAUACGCGGGAAUGCCCGAAUGCGCUGACCGACUGCAGAUUCAGCCCUUUAGGAUGUACUUAUAAAGUUAAAAAAAUAGCUCUAAGGGAACACCAAAACAAACACGUGAUUAAACAUAUGAUCUUACUAGGGAGGACGACAGGGGAACCUCAACCAAAUUUAUUGGAGCUUCAGAAUCAGCUAGAGCGUUUUGAUGGGGAAAAUACAUCUUUUAAGACUGAAUUGGAAAGGCAUAAGUACGAAUUUGCGCAAAUGAAAGAAAGGUUUAAUGACCAGAACGCACGACUAGGAAAAGUAGAAAAGACAGUGGCAAACCAAAAAGGUGACAUUGCAGAAAUCUGGAUGCGUUUUGACCAAGAAAACUUAGUAGGAGAAGUGAGAAUGCUAGACAAGCUGAAAACGUUUAGGGUAAAAACAAAAGCGAAUAAAGAAUGCCUGUUAUCGCUAAUGAAAAGACUUGAGGUCCGAGAUGAUAGUCAGACAAAUCCUAACAAGCUGAACAGACGAUUAAGCCAACUGGAAAGCUCCAUAACAAUACACAAGACUAAACUCUUCCAAGAGGAUCUUAGGAUCCAGAUACAACAGGCAACUUCCUACGAUGGUACCUUUUUAUGGAAAAUAGAAAAAUUUACCGAAAGAUAUGCGGAGGCAAAAUCAGACAACGCAACUUCUAUUUACAGCUCCCCGUUUUAUACGCAUCGUUUCGGUUACAAAUUGUGUGCGCGGUUAUUUCCUAACGGCGACGGUAGCGCGAGGGAUAACUACUUGUCGAUAUUCAUAGCAUUAAUGCGCGGUGAAUAUGACUCAAUAUUGCCCUGGCCAUUCCAAGAAACAAUUACGAUAACAUUGAUAGACCAGGAUAACGGAAUGAAUAUUUCAGAGACGUUUGAUCCAGACCCGUGCAGCAUAAGUUUCCAGCGUCCGACACGAAAUAUCAACGUUGCGAGCGGAUGCCCGAGGUUCUGCUCCCAGACUGUCCUAAGAACGCGCGGUUACAUGAACGAGAACUGUGUUUUUGUCAAAAUUGUCGUAGACAAGAUCGAGAAAGGUAGCACAUGCACUUGAUUUGCGUGGCCUACACGCGCGCGACCUUGUAUGUCAACUUGCCAUCGAACGAGAUGGAUGGAUCAUACAUGUGCUCUGCGUGGCCUACACGCGUGUCAACUUCUGUCAAAUUGCCAUCGACGAGAUACACGUGCUCUGCGUGGCCUAGACGCGCUUGAGCUGCAUGUUUAUUGAAAUCCAAGUCUAUAAGAUGUAUGUCAGUCUUAUGCGCUUCUAUUAUUCCCUUAAUCAUCCCCUCUUGGGUAUAAGAGGGGGCGACACAGACACGCGAGCAUUAGCGGGUUCACGUGUGCGCGUGACCUACACGCGCGAGAAAUGUAUGGAUCGCGGUUGACAAGAUGCUUAUACCCAUGUUCUGCCUGGCCUACA